CGUCAUGGAGGCUUCAGCUCUCUGUAUCAGGCUGUUGAUGGCUGUGUUGGUCCUGCUGGUCGACCACAGUCCCUGUGCUCAGAGAGCUGACGCAGCUUUUCCUCAUGUUGAUCCAGACAGACUUCAGUUUUUUGAGUACGAGUCUGUCUCUGUACGCUGUGAGCAGACUGUUGGAUUCCCUGAAUGGAGACUGAUGAAGAAAUUCAAUAAUAUAAUUCCAACAAACUCCAGGAACUGGAACACAUCAGCACCAUCGUGGAACAUUGAUCCUGCUUUGGAGAGACACAGUGGAGAGUACUGGUGUGAAACUGAAGCAGGACAGAGGAGCGGUGCCGUCAACAUCUCUGUCACUGCUGGUUUUGUGAUCCUGGAAAUUCCUGCUCGUCCUGUGAUGGAGGGAACUGAUGUGAUUCUUCACUGCACAAACAAGAAAACUCAGUCACAGCACAUAACUGACUUCUACAAAGAUGGAUCCCUUCUCGGGACUUUGGAUAGCAACAACAUGACCAUCACACGUGUUUCAAAGUCUGAUGAAGGACUCUACAAGUGCAGCAUCUCUGGAGUGGGAGAAUCACCAGCGAGCUGGCUAACUGUGUUAACACACACUCACACUCCAGACGCAGCUUUUCCUCAUGUUGAUCCAGACAGACUUCAGUUUUUUGAGUUCGAGUCUGUCUCUGUACGCUGUGAGCAGACUGUUGGAUUCCCUGAAUGGAGACUGAUGAAGAAAUUCAAUAAAAUAAUUCCAACAAACUCCAGGAACUGGAACACAUCAGCACCAUCAUGGAACAUUUAUCCUGCUUUCGAGAGACACAGUGGAGAGUACUGGUGUGAAACUGAAGCAGGAGAGAGGAGCGGUGCCGUCAACAUCUCUGUCACUGCUGGUUUUGUGAUCCUGGAAAUUCCUCCUCGUCCUGUGAUGGAGGGAACUGAUGUGAUUCUUCACUGCACAAACAAGAAAACUCAGUCACAGCACAUAACUGACUUCUACAAAGAUGGAUCCCUUCUCGGGACUUUGGAUAGCAACAACAUGACCAUCACACGUGUUUCAAAGUCUGAUGAAGGACUCUACAAGUGCAGCAUCUCUGGAGUGGGAGAAUCACCAGCGAGCUGGCUAACUGUGUUAACACACAGUCCAGAUUCUAUUGAAGAGACUCAAAGUUGGUCCCUGAAUCUUCUCACCGUGCUGUGGAUUGUUGCCUCUGGUUUGUUGGUAACAGGAAUACUUCUCUGUUGGCACAAAGAACCAGAACUGUUCAGACCAGGUGCCAAACCACCUUUACCAGAAGAGGAUGACGUCUAUUCUCAAGUCGUCUACAGGCCCCUGGGACCUGGAUGAAGGACUGAGGACAUGGUGUCUUCAGAGCUCUGCUGCUGUGUUUUCAUCAUCAGCUUCUCUUUGCUUUAUCGUUGCUGAUUUUCAAUCAUUAAUUGAGCAGUGAUGUGAAUUUCAAACAUGUGUUUAAGCUCUUCAUGCUCCAUAAACUCAUACAGACACUGUGAGCAGUGCACUGAAAUCAGAUAACCUGUCCUAUGACUGCUGUACGUCCCUGUGUGUGGACACGUCUGUCAGCUGGGACUUCAACGCUCAAAUACUAAUAAAAUAAAUAAGAGUUA